AUGCUGGCGAAGCGCGAGCUUGCAGCAAAAUCGCGGGCGACUACGACGUGGACGACGGUGGGAUGCUUCUUUACUGCCCAAGCGCAGGAAGAGAUGACGGUGACCGAGAUCGCUUAG